UUACAGUGGGUUUACAAUAUUUCGCCAAACUGAAAGAAUUUUAAUAUUCGUCAUAUAGAAUAUCUUUGUGUAAAGCUGAAAAUGAUCAGGACAGUAUUGAUUGAUUUUGCACUGUGUUCUCUCGCUUUUCAUUUCGCAUUAGCUGAUUAUAUUACUGACACGGGGAAUUUAAGAAAUGCUUUAAAACUUAAAUUCAAACUGUUUCAAGAUGCACCCAGGACUGAAGCUGAGGCGUUAGCCAUGAACUUUACCAAAGUAUCGGAUGACUGUGAAAAUGGAAACUUCAGGGGAAAACAAUACAUGAAAGAUGGUGAUGCUGCAGUUAUUCCUUUGUAUGACGUCAACGGUUACAUAGCUGGCAUGCAAACAGGGGUGCCCAUGGGACUAGAAAAUAACUACCCGCCGCAAAGUAUGCAGCCGCCGUUUAUUGUCGACGGCAAUCAUUACAAGCUUACAACAUAUUUUGUUAAUCCAUCCAUAAUAUGUAAAGGGGGAAGAUCCAAACAGCAAUUUCGUCGUACCGGAACUGGACAGGAUUUAUUCAUUCAGACAGGACCUAAUCCGGAAGUUGAUAUUCUUGAAGUUACUGAAUAUCAGAACGAAACGCAAUGGGUGCAAGGACUAUGCUUUCCGAAAAUGGGUUUUCAUUAUUUCAAAGAAGUUUCUAUGGACAUGAGCUGUGAGACAUUCUUUCCAGUUGCAUUGCUGUAUUACCACGGCAAACUCCAAGGCUUUGUCUGGUCACUUGGCGCGGUUUUGAAUUCAACUUAUGUCGGUUAUGAAUACCCAACACCAGACUUUUUCGAUAGUCUGCUGAAAGAGGUGCCAACAUGCUUGAGAACUUUACGAAGGUCAACACUUCAUGUUUAUUUCAGGGACAAUAUCGACAGCUUUACGUGCGAAGAUCCGCCACCCCAGGAAGACAAAUGCACAGCAGGUUCAGCACAUCCGGUUUUAGGACGUUUGCUUGUAUUGGGGUUUGUUGCUAGUUUCAUACUCAAAGCAGUUUGGUAACCAAGUAGUAGGAGCCCUUUUUAUGAGUGUAUAUUAACACAUACCGUGCGACAUUUUGAUGGAAGUGCUAUUCCUGUUGUACAUAUUUGAUACAUAUCAUUUUCCGACGGUAUAUAUGUUAGAAAAAAUAAUAUAAAUGAGCACUUGUUUAAAUAGAGAUUUUAGAACGACUA